AUGAAGUGGCUUUGGGCCUGCCAUCUUUGUAACCGCCAGUACAAUCUUUCUGUCACCCGCCGCUGUCUCGACGACGGCCACUACUUUNGCGCCGGCACAUCCAUGGUCCGUUCCCGCAAAGAUGGGAUCAAAAGACUCAAACGCCAUAAAGCCUGUUCUUCGGAAUUUGACUAUGCAGGCUGGAAAGACUGGGGCGUGUGGAAGCGCAAUUUGCUCGUUCUUACCGAACAACAGAAGCAGCGCAAUACGCCCUGUGAUAGUGUGUUUGAUGGCGAUGACUCUGAGGACGAUGACCUAGAGGAGAUUUCCACUACUGCUUCUGUGGUAUCUCCCAUCCUUACGGGAGUCGCUGCACAUACGUCUUCCUGGCGAGUUGCUCUGCCCUUGCAUCCGGUCAAGGAUUGCUGGAACCGCUGUGAUUACCCUUCUGAAUGUCGCUGGGGCAAGCAAUUCGGUGUCGACACGCCUUUGCAGACCACAUUCCCGACUUUGGAUCGUGUGGCCAGUGUUUUCAAUCCCAAUACCACCUCGACUUGCGAGUCACAAGAUGUAGAGAUGAAAGACGCAACACUACCCAAAACACAACUCAAAAAUCUUGUCACCGCAGAACAACAACGAAUCGCUGCCGAAACCAUGGACGGCGUCGACAUCGAAGAAUCUUGUUCGCACACUCAUACUCAUACUGAUACACCCACGCCUGCACUUGCAAAUCUCGCGUCUUUAAUAUCUAGAGCACAACGCCGCCAUUCAAGGACAGAAAUCCCUGCUCCUUCAUCUCCUCUUGCGAUUGACAAUCACAGACCUACCGUCACACGAACUUCAUCGCGGCAAAGUUUGAUGAGAGCAGUUGAAGACGGUAUCAAUGUACUCACAGGUAUUGUCGGGAACUGGAGAAGUGCUUCGGCGCCUCCCGUGGCCAGAAAGAGGGAAGAUGAUGAGAUGCAAGAUGUGGUCAUGGAUGAUAUCGGGGAGGGUGAGGGUGAGGGUGAACUAAGGGUGAGGAGGAAGAGUUUGGGAUGA